AGUGAAACCAAACAAUCUACUCUUAAUAGAAUCUCUGAAUAUAGAUCUUUAAAGUACUUGAAGUGGAAGCUUCAACAAUUUAUCAUAUAUAAAUUGUCGAAGAUGUUGUUGAAAUUGAUUGUACAUUGAUAAAGUAAAACAAUAUAAUUUUUUUCGUUUUUGAGGUUACGUAUUUUAAAUAUUUUAAGAUCAACAUGACAGCUUUCGAAGGAAAUAUAUCUGUCUACAAAACAAUAUCUAUUCUUGGUCAAGGCUUUGAUGGUGCAGCUGUAGUACACUUGGCUAAACAUUUACCUUCUGGUACAAUGGUUGCCAUUAAAAGAUUUGACAUGGACAAAAUUAAAGAAGGCGCUCAUUUAGUAGAGAGAGAAAUUAUUUUAACUAAACAGCUGCACCACUUGAACCUGAUAUCAUAUCAUACUGCUUUUGUCCAUGGUCCAGAAGUAUGUGUAGUCAGCCCGCUGAUGGCAUAUGGAUCUUGUAGGGAUUUACUUACAAGGCAUUUUAAUGAAGGGUUACCAGAACAAGCCAUUAUAUUAAUCACUAGAGAUAUUUUAGAAGGUCUGGGCUACAUUCAUAGGAAAGGAUAUAUUCACAGGGCAAUAAGAGCUAGUCAUGUGUUAAUCUCAGCUUCUGGAAGAGUAUGUUUAGCUGGUUUAAGAUAUGCUUGCCCCAUAGUUAUAAAUGGAAGGUGGCAAAAAAGGAUUCACUCAUUUCCUGCCAGUACAGAAAGGAACCUAAAUUGGUUAAGUCCAGAAUUACUUGAACAAAAUCUUCAAGGGUACAAUGAGAAAUCUGAUAUCUAUAGCGUUGGUAUGGUGAUAUGUGAAUUAGCAAAUGGAACAGAACCAUUUGCUGGGAUGUCAAAGACAUUAAUGUUGACAGAAAAAGUCCGUGGCUGUGCUCCACAGUUGUUGGACUGCACUACCGUUCCAAGGGAUGAAAAUAUAGAUUGUAGUGGAGAUUAUGAUGUAAGCACAAAUGUUGUAAACAGAAGGUUUAGUGACGAUCUGCACGAGUUAGCGGGUCUGUGUUUGCACAGGGAAUGUUAUGACAGACCAACAGCAGGUCAGUUACUUACUCAUCCUAUUUUCAAAACUCUGAAGAAAGCUUUACCUUUGCUGGAGCUACUCAAGCCCGCUUUGCCUCUAAGCGAUCGAGUGGGAUACGACACAGAUGAAAUGGAGAAUUUAGAAACUCUGAGCAGACUGUCACAGUUGGAGAUCUAUUCGUGCGAAUGGGAUUUUUAAUGAGGUGGAUCUUGUACUAUGUACAUAUUUAUUAUUUUGUAAUUAUCACAAUGUAUUUACAAUUAAUUUUUUAAUU